UAAUAUCUUUUUAUUUUUAUGCAGUUCAUCAACAGUCAUAGUUCGGCUUCUUCCAUUCGUUUUUUGGUCCGCGUUACGUUACGACGAAUGAAUGGUUUUCAAGCGAUUUAAGGCGAAUUAUUCUCGCUAUUUUGCGUUAGUACUUACCAAGAAUAAAGUACUAAAACUGCAGAAUCAUCGUUGACAAAGUCCGAAGGGAGAAAGAUGGAGCAAGAAUCAAGACGCAAAGGACCAAGAAGUCCUAGUGCAGAUUCAGAAGAUUCUGCUCAUAGGAGGAGGUCCAGAAAAUACGAUAGAUCUCCGUCUCCAAGAAGAAGCAGAUAUCGCCGUUCUCGUUCUAGAGACAGAAGGUCGCGUUCAAGUUCAAGAGACAGAAGAAGGAAGGAGUCGAGUCGUUCACAGCAAGAGUGGAAGCAGCAGACAUCUCAAUCUCAAGCUUCUACUCCUAAUCCUAACAGUUCUGGUGGUUAUGUUUCAACAGUUCAUAAUCAGUAUCAGGCACCUCCACCUCCAAACACAAGUCAACCACCUCCACCCAUUCCAGCCUACAAUCAAGGGUAUAACAAUUACAAUUACAACUAUGGACAAGGCUAUGACUACAGUUACCAGCAACCCACUGGUUAUCGCAGUGAUUAUCCUCCACCGAACUGGCAAGGAAAUCAGGUGCCAUAUAACAAUCAGCAACCACCGCCACCUCCAACGUUAACAUCUCAGCAAGAGUCGUCGAGGCCGGUGGAUAGUGGUUCGUCCGGCUUAGUUUCAUCCAUGGCUAGACCCGAGGACGCCAAGAAGGAAGCAGCAAUUGCAGCUGAAGUAAAACAGCAAAAAGCAACCUUGGCUAAGCAACGGGAGGAAUACGUUAAAAAAUCAGCCACGUUGCAACGCGAGCUGGAAAUUCUACGUCAGCAGUGCGACGAAAUUGGUAAAGAAGGUGGACGGGAAAAUAACCGCAUCAUAAAAGAGAAUCAAAAGUUGCAGAUUGAAAUACAGAAUAAAAUGAAAUCGAUACAUAACGUGAUCGAUAUGCUCACCGGAAUAAUCGGGGAUAAAGCGACCGUCGACGAUCUUAAAAGCAAGUUUAAGCUAGAAAUUAACAAACGUUCAAGAAGUCCUAAAGAGGAUUUCCCGAAGGGGAAAUCGGAGACACCGGAUAGAUCGUCGGGCUCCGAUUCCGAUAAGGAGUCCAAAAUCGAACGGGAAACGAAAGACCGACGGUCUCCUGAGGACGCUAAACCUAUGUACAAUUUCGUGCAUUAUGAUCCGGAAAUGCAUUGGUGUAAAGUCUGCGAUAUAUUUCCUAAAACGGCAAAGGAAUAUUUGAAUCAUCUGCAUAGCAAUGAGCACAAAGAAGCUUGCUUAGUAAGUUGCUUUAUCGUUGUCAUAGUAGAGCCUCUAGUAAAAAGCCUCCUUCGACUUUGGUAUAGUGACAUGAAUGUGUCGUGGCAGAAUAUAAGGUCAUUCUUUAUGAACUUAAAUUGUCUGCAGUUCUUCAGCGCAGCCACGGCAUGGUACUGUAAACUUUGCGACUCCUGGAUAGGCGAUCUCCAUUGCGCGAGUUUGCAUUUGAAAUCGAAGCAGCAUUCCGAAAAUUAUUCCAGUUUCGUGGAACAGAAUCCGCACUGGGAAACUGAUUGGAUGGCGGACCGCGAGAAAGCCUUCUCCGAGGAGAAGCACAAGCAGAUACAGAUGGAGCUGCAGAAGCACAAAGAGGACGAUCCGCCUCCGAAGUCGAAGAAGUCGAAGAAGAGCAAGAAGAAGUCGAAGAAGUCGAAGAAGCGGCGGAACAGGAGCAGCGGCAGCGACAGUUCCAGCGAGUCGGAGAACUCGGACACGGACUCGGACCAGGACAUGUCGAAGAGCAUUCGCGUGGCGAUGCGGAACAAGAUGAAGGCGUCGACCCAGGCGAUCCUGAACGAGGAGAUCGAUUACCACCGGAUCAAGCUGAAGGGGCACUGGUCGAAGAUGACGCAGCACAUGAAUCAGCCUCCCACGCCCGAGCCGCAGCCGACGGAAACCGACGACAGGCAGCUGUUGAACUCGAUUCGCGACAAGCUGAAAGCGAAGCAAGAGGAGGAGAUGAAGACGAUCGGCGGUCGACGACUCAGCGAGGAGAAGACAGUGGAAGAGGAGGAGGAAGAGGAGGACCAGGAGCAAGCGUCCUUCUCGAAUAAAGCGAAGUCGGAAACGCUGGAGGUCUGGGGACCAAAGGAGCCGCCGAAGCCGUUCUGGAUAAAGAAGGAGGAGGAGAAGCCGCAGCCAAUAGUCAACAAGCCGAUCGAGCUGCCAAAGCCGGAGGAGAUGCCCAAGCCCCACAUGGGAUUCUGGACGAAGCAGCAGGUGAACAUGACCGUGAAGCCGCCGGAGAACAAGUCGGUGGAGAAGGAGGACGAGAGGGACCGCGAGGGUGACAGAUACAAGGAGGACCGCGAGAGGAAGUACGACAGACGGGAGGAGAAGUACGACCGGUACAGCAGGUACGACAGGAGGCGAGGACGCGACAGGGACAGGGACCGCGACAGAGACAGGGACAGGGACAGAGACCGCGACCGCGACAGAGAAAGAGACAGAGACAGGGAUCGGGAUUAUUACGACGACCGUAGGAAACGGGACAGCAACGACUCGCCUCGCCGCGACAGGAACUGGCGCGACAGUCCGAAGAGGAACUACGACAAGUACGGGAAGGACAGAAGAGACGACAAUUCAUCCAACGAUGAAUCGAAAUUCGAGAAGAAGACGAACGAGUCCGCGUCCAAGUCGAAGAAGGGCAACGUGCAGACGAAGAAGUCGGCGCCGCAGGUGUCCAAGGGGAAGUUGCCGUUCAUCGGCAGACUACCGUUGUUCAAGAAGAAGACCGAGGAGCCGAAGCUGCCCGAGAAAGAUAUCACACCGCUUCCAUACCAGCAGAGUAAAUUCGAGGACACUCCGAAGGUCCCCAACGAGAUCAUCAACCCGCCCGGCGUGGUGCACAUCACGAAGCUCGCCACCCCUAUAAAUCUGGGCAACAACAGCCUCGCCAACAGCAACAGCAACACCGGGACGAACGCGAGCCCGUCGACGGGAGCUCCGGCCAACAAGAAUCAGCCCAUGAAGAUCCUGGUCGCUCCGCCGCCGCCGGUGUUGAACGAGGCGAAACCGACGCAGCAGGUGGUGGACAUGGAGAUCGAGGACCAGUCCGAGGAGACCGUGAUAGAGGAGCCGAUGAUGGAGCAGCAGAAGCAGACGCCGACUAUAUCCAAGCUGCCUCUGCCUCCUCACCCGCCUCCGCCUCUGAACAGACCGCCGCCCACGUUCACGGCUCAGUCGCAGCAGCAGCAACAGCAACAGCAGUCGCAGACGGUGCAGAGCAGGCCGCAGUUCUCGACGAGUCGACCGCCUCCGCCGUUCAUCUCCAACCCGCCGCCGUUUGUUCAGAGCCAACCGCGUUUCCCCGCCCACCAGCCGGUGCGGCCACCGGUGCAGAGCCAUCCGCCGUACAUGACCAACCCACCGCCGCAGAUGCCGGCCGUUCCGUUCGUUCAGAAUCAUCAAAACCCACCGCCACCGCCGUUGCCGACAGUGGAAGGCGCCACUCAGGACAUCUCUGAGAUACCGGAGCCGACCGAGAAGAGAACAGACCCGAGUAUUCCCUUGCCCGACGACCUGCAAGAGGCGCUGAACAUCAUCUUCCCCAAGGAAGAGGCCGAGACCAAACAGCAGAGCCAUCAGGACACCAACAUCAUGUACUCGUCCAUGUACAGUAUGUUGGGCUGCGUCGGUUACGGGCCGGAAUACAUGGACCAACCGCCGCCAGAGAUAACGCAGACGGACGCGGAGGUGGACACUCAGCCUGGCCCGGACGACCUAAAGAUGUUGGGCAUCGACGAAGGGGACACAAUUCUAUAAGAAGUUUUUAUGGACUCGGACGCGUACAGACU